AUGGCAACUACCCAGAUCCGCGAAGCUACACAACACCUUGUUAGGAGAAAGAACUGGGCAGCUCGUGAGCCUGGUGUCAUUGUUGUCUUCUGUGUGGUCUUCAUUGUUGCAGUUGGACUUAUCGGCCUUCAGCUGUCUCGAUGGAUCACUCGACGUAGAGAAAACCAAGCCGCAAAGCGUUCUACUGUCUGA